AUGAGCCAGUACCGGGGUGCGCUAUCAUAUCACUGCGACGUUUCGUACGAACAAUCCGAGAGAUACACGUUGGCGUGCUAUGCAGAUUGCAAAGACCAGCUCGCUAGCAAGCUUUGUCCUCUGCCAAAAAACGAACAAGAGAAGACCGUAUCCAAAGAGAGAUUUUAUCGUGCGGUAAUGGGGCGCGUUUUGGAUACAAAAGCGUGGCAGUUUCUUGCGAUCGUUGAAGAUUCUGAUAACCUAGACCUUGACAAUCCUUCAUUCGACAAAGUCAUGGAUAUGUGGUCCGGUAAUCUUGACCGCACCUUACAAGAAAGCCUUGAAAUUCUUGAAAUAUUUGAUUAUACGUUGAACUUUUUGCUACACCGUGUAUUCAACUCCCCUGAAGACAACCCGUUGUUGGCAGACCUGAACACCACAGGUCAAACUCGAAGUGAUAUGUACCUUACUUCUAACUCCACAAUCCUAUCCGCUUGGAAUGUAUUUCUUACGCGUGUCCAAACAUUUUUGACCCCUUUUGACAUGUUGUCCUUAUUCAAGGGAAAUGACGAGACCAAAGCGGAAGCUUCACCCCUCCUGUUCCAGAUCAUCUGGGAAUCAAAUAAGGCCGAUUCCAUUGGAACCAUACCUGGAAUGAGACAGGUUGAAGAGGACGUGGUAAGCAAGCUGUAUAAGCUGUCUCCUGGGAAAUGGAAAGGUUCUAUGGCCUUGGAUCAUACUCAUACGCCCUGGGAGGAUUCUGAGGCCUGGGAGGAUUCUGAGGCCUGGGAGGAUUCUGAGGCCUGGGAGGAUUCUGAGGCCUGGGAGGAUUCUGAGGCCUGGGAGGAUUCUAAGGCCUGGGAGGAUUCUAAGGCCUGGGCGGUUUAUCGCCGUCAUCAUUGGCGGGAUAGGAUCAGAGGACAAGUAUUUGCAGAUUCAAUCAUUGACAUGGGCCCCUAUGACGUGCAAGACAGCAGUCUCUGGAAGAUUGGUUCCUUCUUAGAGAUUUGA